UGUGGAAAGGCUUUUAGAAGCAAGAGAGAUCUUACUCUACAUCAGAGAAUACACAGUGGAGAGAAACCUUAUGAUUGUAACCAUUGUGGAAAGGCUUUUAGCACCAAGAAGAUUCUGAUUAUACAUCAGAGAAUUCACACUGGGGAAAAACCUUAUGAAUGUAACCACUGUGGAAAGGCUUUUAGAAGCAAGAGCCAUCUUACUGGACAUCAGAGAAUACAUAGUGGAGAGAAACCUUAUGAUUGUAACCAUUGUGGAAAGGUUUUUAGCAUCAAGAGGAUUCUUAUUAUACAUCAGAGAAUUCACACUGGAGAGAAACCUUAUGAAUGUAACCACUGUGGAAAGCCUUUUAGAUACAAGGGAGCUCUUACUAUACAUCAGAGAAUCCACACUGGAGAGAAACCUUAUAAUUGUAACCACUGUGGAAAGGUUUUUAGCAUUAAGAGGAUUCUUAUUAUACAUCAGAGAAUUCACACUGGAGAGAAACCUUAUGAAUGUAACCACUGUGGAAAGGCUUUUAGAGACAAGGGAGCUCUUACUGUACAUCAGAGAAUCCACACUGGAGAGAAACUUUAUGAAUGUAACCACUGUGGAAAGGCGUUUAGAAGCAAGAGACAUCUUACUAUACAUCAGAGAAUACACAGUGGAGAGAGACCUUAUGAAUGUAGCCACUGUGAAAAGGCUUUUAGAAGCAAGAGACAUCUUACUGUACAUCAAAGAAUACACAGUGGAGAGAGACCUUAUGAAUGUAACCAGUGUGGGAAGACUUUUAGAUACAAGGGAGCUCUUACUGAACAUCAGAGAAUCCACACUGGAGAGAAACCUUAUGAUUGUAACCAGUGUGGAAAGGCUUUUAGACGGAAGAGCGAGCUUAUUGUACAUCAGAGAACCCACCCUGGGGAGAAGCCUUAUGAAUGUAUCCAAUAUGGAAAGGCUUUUAGAUACAAGGUUGAUCUUGCUAUACAUCAGAAAAUCCACUCUGGAAGGAAAUCUUAUGAGUUGGUGACAUUCAGGGAUGUGGCUGUGGACUUCACCCAGGAGGAAUGGGGCCUCUUGGACCCUCCCCAGAAGCAGUUGUACAAGGAGGUCAUGCUGGAGAAUGCCCGGAACCUGCUGUCCCUGGGGCUUCCAGUUCCCAGAGAAGAUGUGAUCUCUUAUUUUAAGCAAGGACAAGUACCCUGGAUGCUGGACCAAGAAGGCCUGAGGAGCCGCUCUCCAGAACAAGAGAUCAGCUUUGAAAUGAAGGACACUACUGAGAAGAAAAGCCUUUCUGUGGUAGAACUUCACAGUCCACCAUCCAUAAGUCCCUGUGACUUCACUUGGAGAGAAAUCUGUGUUACACAAGAGAAAAUUCAAACUAACAAGGAACCUUAUGAAUGUAACCACUGUGGAAAGUGUUUUAGACAAAAGGGAAUUCUUAUUAGACAUGAGACAAUCCACACUGGAGAGAAACCUUAUGAUUGUAACCACUGUGGAAAGACUUUUAGAAGCAAGAGCGAUCUUACUGUACAUCAGAGAAUCCACACUGGAGAGAAACCUUAUGAAUGUAAACAGUGUGGGAAGGCUUUUAGAAAGAAGGGAUGUCUUACUCUGCACCAGAGAACCCACACUGGAGAGAAACCUUAUGAAUGUAACCACUGUGGAAAGGGUUUUAGAAGGAAGGGACAUCUUACUGUACAUCAGACCACCCACACUGGAGAGAAACCUUAUGAAUGUAACCAGUGUGGAAAGAGUUUUAGAAGCAAGAGAAAUUUGAUUAGACAUGAGAGAAUCCACACUAGAUAGAAACAUUAUGAAUGUUGUCAACACUGUGGAAAGGGUUUUACACUAAAGGACUGUCUUAUUCUCCAUAAGAGAAUCCACACUGAGGAAAAUCCUUAUGAAUGUAACCAAUGUGGAAACUUUUAUAUCCCAGAGAAGUCUUUUUAGACAUCAGAAAAUCCACACUGGAGGCAAAUCUUAUGUACGUAAUGAAUAUGGAAAGGGUUUUGUAGAAAAAUCUGAUUGGUUCUUGCCACAUUUUGAAGAAAUGUAAAGGCGUUAAAAUAAGGAGGAAAAUGAAUUUGGUAGAGAACAUUGGGAGAGAUCAGUCUACCAAAGUCAGCCAGAUCUCUUGUAUGAGAAGAUCUUUCUUCUCAUUGAAGUGGAAAACACCCCAAAAUGGGACCGUGAGAAACAUAAUCCUCAAUCUUUGUAGUUAGAAGAUUAUUACUAGUUAUUCACUCCCUAAUGCAGAUGGUAUUUUUAACCAUCCAGAUGUAUUGUCCUGAGAGUCUUGAGGCCUUGACAACCAGAUAAGCUUAAAGAAGUGCUGCUGCUGCUGCUGCUGCCUGAGAAUGAUCCCCCAUAGAGUGAUAACUUUUUGCCUCCUGUUUAGAAUAGAAAUUCCUUUAUUAUGACAAAUGUAUCAAAAAAUGAGGCCACUCAGUAUUGACCCCUCCCAUGUUGGUGUUGGGGUCCAGUCGCUAGUUUGCAAUAAACGCUCUUAAAACUUCAUCAUUUUGGCUGCCCUGUUUUUCUCUUGCCUGGGCACUUCAUUUGAGGCUUCCCAGUGAGAUAGCCUUUGGCUCUGUUUCAACAGCCAGUCCCUUUCCCUAGAGGGCAAAGGGGUUACCGGUUCUAGAGGGUGACCAAAAAGAGCCGUUGCUUGGCCUCAGACCUCAGUAAUCUACCUUUGUGGACCGGAGAGGAGACAUAAAUUUGACUCAAUUGGCUUUGAGCGUUCUGGGAAGUGGUUUAUUCCUGGGCGAGUACUCAAGGAUUGUAGGUGGUUACGCUGGACGCAGUAAUAGUAACACCUACUGGCCUCCACAGGAUGCUGUCGCAGUGCCCUGGCUGGUUGUCGGUCUUUUGUGUUCCAGAAUUAUUUGUCUACUGUCUCUUUGUGUUUAAGAGUACUUGUGACUAUCUGGUUCUGUGUGCCAGUGGCACAACUCUGAUUCUGAGUGCCUUUUGGCAUUAUCUGGUUCUCUAGGCAUUCUCUGUGAAGGCAGAGAAAUGCACCAAACUGGGGCUCAGAAGCCUAAAAUGCUCCAUUUGGUUUCUGGGAGGGAAGGCUCUAGAGCUGCAACAACUUCCCUCAGGGCUAUUCUAAGGUUUCUGGAUAGCCCUUAGUCUAUAUAUGUUAAAUGUUUUGUUUAAUGUUGUAAUUGUGCCCCCUAUGUCUGUGUGAUUUUUGUUGCAUGUUUAUGACUUGUCUGGCUGUUGUGUUGAUUUAAAGAGCUCUGUUAAAUUUUAAGAAAAAUGGUUAAGAAAUUUGGCAAUUGGUUAUUUCCAUAUUGCAACUAUGCUUGGUAUAAAAAACAUUUUUUUGAUGAUUUUAAACUUUUUGACCUGUUGUACUAAUUUGUAAGUAAAAGAACAAAAAAACUUGACUAUUUUAAACUGGUGGGGAAGUUUUUCCUGAAAAGCAGAUUUUCAAAGUCUGCUAAAGAAGAGUAAUGACAACAAAACCUUAUCUGCUUAAUGCUACCUGGGAAAAAGAAGUUUAUGUUAGUGGCCUUGAAACACUCAGGCAGAAGGAAGAAAAACUUAAAAAAAAAAAAAACCCUAUUUGAUUUGCUUCUGAAACAUUGGGUAAUUUGUUAACAUUAUGGGUUAUGUUUGCUGAACAUGUGGGUUUUAUAGAGUUAUUUAACUAUUUACUGUACUGUGAAUCUUAAAACUUCUAAAAGGAAAAGGAGAAUGACGGUGAUUUAUGAAAGAUUGAUUUGUAGGAGCAGUUGUAGGUUUGAAGGGUUUUAGGAGUAAGAAAAGAGAAGAGGUGGGGGUAAGAAAAACGGGAGAGGAUCUUUUGUCUUCAAAGGUAAAGAUUCAACUUACAACUCCCUUCCUCACCCCCCCACCCCACCCCACACUGCUUCUGCUACUUUAGCAAUGGAGCAUCUAAAGGAAGGAUUGUUAAAACGUGUUUAUAGUAUGUAUCAGAGGGAAAGAAAAGAGUUAAGUAGGAAGGAUUUUAAUGGAAGGAUUUCUGUGUGGGGAAGCCUGAAUGGGAACAGGGGGGAAUCUUUUGUGCAGAUUUAGCUCACCUUCCUUUCCUCCUCUACCCCUCCUCUCUCUCCCACUAAGUGUGUUCCAGCCUUUUUUGUCAAGUCACAGCUGGCUGACAGGAACAACUGUCAUUUUAAAAGGACAGCCUACAUUUGUUUUUGUUUUUGUUUUUGGAUAUAUAAUGAUUUCCUUGGUUAAGGAAUAUAGUCAUAAAAGUGAUCUAUAAUUUGGUAAAGUUAUUUUUAAAAGUUUAAUUGAUGUUUUAAAGAAUCUUUCAGAUUC